GAAAGAGGUCGGUGCCGCGAGGAGCUGCUAUGGUGCUGAGUUCCCGGGCAGAGGCGACCGAGACGAGGCGGUCGCGGCCAUGAAGGCAGGUGCCACAUCCAUGUGGGCUUCGUGCUGCGGGCUGCUGAAUGAAGUCAUGGGUACCGGUGCAGUCAGGGGCCAGCAAACAGGGUUUGGGGGAGGCACUGGUCCAUUCCGAUUCACGCCAAACCCUGACUUCUACCCACCGGCAGCCACGGAAGGUCCUAAUAUCGUUUGCAAAGCUUGUGGACUCUCCUUUUCCGUCUUCAGGAAAAAGCAUGUAUGUUGUGACUGCAAAAGGGAUUUCUGCUCCGUGUGUUCAGUCUCACAAGAAAACCUCCGCCGGUGUUCCACUUGUCACUUACUCCAAGAGACGGCUUUUCAGCGCCCGCAGUUGAUGCGACUGAAGGUGAAAGACCUGCGGCAGUAUCUCCUCCUCAGAAACAUCCCGAUCGAUACUUGUCGUGAGAAGGAAGAUUUGGUAGACCUGGUCCUGUGCCAUCACGGACUUGGUUCAGAGGAGAACAUGGACACAAGCAGUCUGAGUUCUUCAAGGUCCCAGACCUCCAGCAUCUUUGCACAUUCAUUUUUUUCAAACUACACAGCCCCCUCUGCUACCAUAUCUUCAUUUCCAGGAGAGUUUAUGGACCGAGACCGGACCUCAGGACCUGACACACUGGCACAGGUAGAAAGUGAUCUAGCUUCAGCAGUUACCGAAGAUGAUGAUGACGAUGACGACGACGAUGACAAAGACGAUGAAGAUAACUUAGAGGAUCAGACCCCAGGGCUCUCCAGGAAGCGAGCAAGAGCGUCCCUGUCUGAUCUGUCCAGCCUUGAAGAUAUCGAAGGGAUGAGUGUCCGCCAGCUGAAGGAGAUUCUGGCACGGAAUUUUGUCAACUAUUCUGGCUGUUGUGAAAAAUGGGAGCUGGUAGAGAAAGUAAACAGAUUAUACAAAGAGAAUGAAGAAAACCAAAAGUCACAUGGCGAGCGGGUGCAACUGCAGGACGAGGAGGACAGCCUGUGCCGCAUCUGCAUGGACGCCGUCAUCGACUGCGUUCUGCUUGAGUGCGGGCACAUGGUCACCUGUACCAAGUGUGGCAAGCGCAUGAAUGAGUGCCCCAUCUGUCGGCAGUACGUAGUACGCGCCGUGCACGUGUUCAAGUCCUGAGGCCCAGGAGGGUACCCAGAUACUCCCGUACACAAGAAAGGACUGAAGGCCUACUGUUCAGAAGCUGAAGCAAGUUUAGACGUUAUUUCUACUAGUUUGUACGGACGAGGUUUCUCAUAAGUUGUGGAGAUGCAUUGGUCCACGGCCUAAGCCCAUCUGUUGGUGAACAAGCUGAGUUGCCUGGGGUCUGUAGCGUGGAGGAUAGGCCAUCUCCAACCUGUCAGUAUCAGCUCCUGCCCUCUAGAGGGUGCCCCUCUUAUUUCCUGUUACAUCCUGUUUAUAACUUAAAUGACUCAGACGCUUGAAUCUUCAGUUUCCAGAGUGGCCUCCGUUGUGUGUGAUGAGCAGCGGUCCCUGUGAAUGUCCACCUCACUGCUCGUGUAUAUUGUAAAUGCUAAUACAUGAUGAAUGUAAGUUUCCAUUGUUGCUAUUCCUGCAUUUAAUCAUAAUUGGGUACAAAUGACAUUCUAUAGACAACUGCCAGGGACUUAGAGUGAACAGGUCAAUUUCUGUUCAGGUUCAGCUUUUGUAGCAAGGGCUGCAUCUAGCUUUCAUUAGAUAAGAGUGUGUGUGUGUGUGUGUGUGUGUGUGUGUGUGUGUGUGCGCUCUCGCGCGCGCGCGCAAUUCUUUACCAUUUACACAGUUUUGUAUAGUGAGUGUAUUUUCAGUGCUACCCGCUAAUUAAUUUCAGUUUAGGAAUAAAAUUUGACUUUGAAAGA